AUGGAAUUUAACUCAACUAUUCUGGGAAAUCACCACUCUUUAGGAAAUAAUGACUGUGGAAACAAAGAUUUGAUCAACACCAGUUCCCUGGAUGGACUUUCUAAUACAACCUUAUGCCAAGAUUUUUCGCUCACAACAACAGAUAUCGUUGUGGCCGUUUCCCUGUGCAGUAUUUUGGCAAUCGGUGGUUCUCUUGGCAACGGUCUGGUUCUGCUUGUGAUUAGUAGAACGACAAAUCUAAACAAUAAUUGUAGCGUGUUUAUUCAGAACUUAGCUAUUGCUGAUCUUCUUGUCACUGUUGUAACAAUUCCUCUGAUCAUCUCAGUGAUAACAAAGGGCUUCGUGCCGAUAUGUUCUUGGAACGGUUCUUUAAUGCUUGGUGCGAUUGUUCUCGGCAGAUACUCAGCGACGGCUUCAUUGCUGAUCUUAUCGUCCAUGAGUCUUGAUCGGUAUUGGGCGAUCUGUCAUCCCAUUCAUCACAAAGUUAAAAUGACGUCCUCAAAACUGAGAGCAGUUCUCGUACUCAUUUGGCUGGCUUCUCUGGUAGUUCCCAUCCCAGAAGUGGUUGUUCCACGCCAAGGCCGAUGGUCUGUAGUCUUAAAGCAUGUGAAAAACUUCGGUGUCGCGUGCUGUUAUAUCGCCAUUGUAAGUAGUGGUAUUGCCAUUUUUGUCAAAGUUGGUUGUGCCUCUCUUAAAAUAGACGAUUUGCACAUAAACGCAGGCGGUAGACAGAUGCAUGCAGAGAUACGUGAAAGAAAUAAGAAAGUCGCGAAGACGAUAGCUUUGGUUGUGUUUGUCUUCUCCCUUUGUUGGCUUCCAGUGGCCAUCAUCAGCACAAGAUAUAUUGAGUACAACGAGCUUCAUUUCUGGUCUGCGUUGCUUGGUUUGGCCAACUCUGCUUUGAAUCCGUGCAUUUACUUCUACCGACAGAAGAGUUAUCGUCACGAGUUAAAAGUAGCCUUGGUCGCAUUCUUUUCUGUUUCCUCCUAA